UAUAAUCAUUACUCGAUAUUACAUUAAAUAUAAUACGCAAACAAGUUGUUAUUAAAUAAGUCAUAAAUACAAUUUUAUCUAAAUUUGAGUUUUAAUUAUAACAAAAUUUUUGUUGAUGUAGCAUUUGUAAAUAAAUCUGAAUUUUUUUUAAAUUAAAAUUUGUAUUUUUGAUUAUAGCUAAGAUAUUCUUAAAACAGCUUAAAAUGGAUCUUUAUCAAAAUGAUAAUAUAGAUGAACUAAAACUGGGUGAUUUACACCAUGAAACAAAUACUAAAUCAACAAAACACUUCAAUAUUAAAAAGAAUAAUUUAGACAUUGAUCAAAAAUCUUCUAAACGUAAAAGUGAAAUUAUUAGUUCUACUAAUGUAAAAAAGAAAAAAAAAUAUGAAACAGCCUUAGCUGCAAUCUAUCCUGAAAAUGAUCAUUCACAUUCACAGUUUUCUCAAGAUUAUGCUGAAGGAUUCAUAAAAAAAAUACGAGAAAGAUUAGAUGUUGAAUCUUUUAAACAUGCUAUAAAAUUAUUAGGUUCUCUAAGUAAUACUGAUGAAAAUAUUACUUCAUUGUAUCAACAAAUCACUGAAAUAUUAACAAAUAAAAAUGAAGAUUUAAUCUAUGAAUUUUUGGGAUUUUUACAUCCUGGACAAGCUUUGUCAAUUGGGAAAUUCUCUGAGUACUUAGAACUAACAAGAAUGAAAGAGUUUAUUAGAAAAUUACAGGUUUGUAUGAAAAAACAACCAGCACAAAUUCGUAGGAUAUUGGAUAAUUUGUAUAAAUUAUCAAAGAAUCAAAAUACAACCCAUUCAGAAGUUCAUAUGAUUAUGCUACCUUUAUUAAAAAAUAAUCCUAUUUUAGUAGAUUGUUUUUUACAAAUGAUUCCAACAGAACAUCCACCUGAAAGCUUAUUUUCAGAGGAUAGUUGGGAAGAUUUAGAUAUUAAUCAAAGUGUAGAUUAUGGUAUUGAUUAUGAAGAAAUAAAUCCAUCAAAUUCAGAAGACCUUACUUAUUUAAAUUUAUGUCAUUGUAGCUGUCAUAAAGAUGGUGAAUCUUCCCAUUGUAGAUCAUGUGGUCUCAAAUUCUUUAAGGGUCGAAUAUACUUUGACACACCUGAAGGCUUAAAACUAGCUUUAAUAAAGUUUGAAGGAGAUCAAAAUGUUGUGCUAACUAAAAUUGAUAAACUAAAAGAAAGUGUAGCAGUAAAACAAAAAAACAGAAAAUGUCACACAAAAAAUAACUCCCCAGGUUCAGCGGAAGAUGUCAAAGGCAGUACUGGCACAGAAUCUGAAGAAGAUCUAAUUGAUAUUAAACCAAAGAAACGUCAAAAGUCAAAAGUUGUUCAGUCUUUAAAGUUAAAGUUUAAAAAAGAAGAAAGUCCAAAACAUAAAGAGGAAGAAGAGCUGUGUAUUGAAAAUGGAAAAUCUAUUGUUCAUGUCAAUAAUGAGGAGUUGAAUAGCAGUGAAAUGGUUUUCUUUUGUAUACCAGAUUCAGAAACUAAAGUAAAAUUUACAUCAAUUAGUGAACAAGGAUCAAAUUUUGAAAAAAAAAAAUAUCUGGAAUUGUUUGAAAAUACUUGCAAAGAUACUAAUGAAUCAGUAAAAGAAAAAAAUGAUAUUGAACUUGAAAAUUAUUUAUCAAUAACAUCUGAUAUUAAAAUGAAAGAAGAAAAUGUUUUUGUUUUAGAUCCUAACAUAGCAACUUAUAAUAAUGUGAAAAAACAGAUUAAAGAAGAAAGUAGUAUUAUCAAUAUUGAUUAUUCCGCUAAGUCAAAUGAUAAUUAUGAUGUAUCAAUCAAGUGUGAAUAUACUCCCGAGAUAUAUAAUUCAAUAAUUUUAAAUAGUGAUAACCAAGAAAAAUCCAAUAAUGAACAUUCUACCAAUUCAAAUAACUUAAAUAUCAAUAACAUCAAAUCUGAACACAUUACUAAAAUUUGUGGUUCUAAUAACUUAGAAUUAGAUAAACCAAAGAAAGAUUUAGAAAAUCAAUUAAUAAGCAAAUGGACGAUUGAUGAAGAUAAAAUAAUCUUACAAACUUGUAAACGAGUUGAAGAUAUAGAAGUAUUACUUGAAACUAUUAAUAGACGAAUACCUCAAAGAUCUGUAAAUGAGAUACAAGAAAGAUUUACAACUCUCAUGACAUUGUUGGAACAAAUGAUAGAUGUAAAACAAACUUGAAUUAUUUAUUAUAUUUUACUAUACAAGUUCAACAAGCAUAACUAAUGUUUUUAAUUAUUAUGUUUAAAAUAAAAUGUAUAUUUUUGUUUUAAUCUUCA